AGGUCUGUCUGCUCUACAACAAGGGUGGCGACGCCCUCUAUGGCUACUGCAACCUCAAGGACAAGUGCAACAAGUUCCACGUGUGCAAGUCCUUCGUCAGGGGCGAGUGCAGGCUGCUGUCCUGCAGGCGGUCCCAUCAGCUCAUUCACGCCAGACAAUGCAGCUUCUGCUACCGAGCGUCCACAGGGCCUCGAGCGACCAGGAGCGCCUGUGGCUGGCCGUGCGGACUCCAGGCCUUUGGGCUCUGCCUCUGCUCCCGCAGCCAGGAAGCCCUGCCCAGGCAGACCUGGAGAUGUGGCUCGGAAGUAAGAAGUGGCUGGUCCAGCUCCAGCUCGGAGACCUGCAGGGGCUGCGACUGUCGGGCCUUAGUUUGUAACCUCCAAUGUUUGUCAACGAUGGCCUUCCCAAUUCCUACCUCACGGUGUCUGAGAAUUAAAGAGGAGAGAACAUCAGAGCGGGAUGGCUUGGCCCUGAGCGGGCAGCCAGGGGUAGAACAGUGCAGACAGGGGUCCAGGGCAAACCCUGAAGGCGCAGCUCCUGCCUGCAGCUCCUGGGCUGUCCCUGGGCUGGCUGGGUGGAGCUCAUUGAGGGGUGGGUUUCUGCUGAUCUGCUUGGUGGUCCAGCUGGUGCUUUCAUACAGUGAUGAUCAGAGUACGGACACUUUGUACACUUUUAUACCUAGUUGUUUUGUACAGUGGUGAUCAGAGUACAGACACUUUGUACACACACUUUUAUACCUAGUUGUUUUGUACAAUGGUGAUCAGAGUAUGGAUACUUUGUACACACACUUUUAUACCUAGUUGUUUUGUACAGUGGUGAUCAGAGUACGGAUACUUUAUACAUACUUUUAUACCUAGUUGUUUCGUAAGCAUAUUACUGUAUUUGUUCACAUUUAUCAUGCACAAUCACUUAUUUGCACAGAUACAUAAUAUAUCACAGUUUAUUUAACUACCUCCCUUAUUCUGGGGUAUCUGAGUUCUUUGUAAAACAUUUUUGAAAACUUUUAAAAUCUGCACAGUAUUGAAUUUUUAAAGCUGUUCUUUGCUUAGCUUACAGGUGCUAAAUGGUACUGUCUCGAUUGGCGUUUCUCUACAUACGUGUGAGUGCACUGUUGGCUGUGUGCUUUUUCAUUUUACCCAAGGUCUUUUAUUACUGGAGCCCUCUGCUGUGCCGGUGAGGGAGGCCUUCGUUUUUGUCAAAGGGUGUCAGCCGUUUGUGCACUUGGCACAGCCUGGUAGGCCCACUCCAGCCACUGGCACGGAGUGUGGAGAUUUCUACCUCACCCCGCCUGUUCUCACCUCCUCUAACUCUGCCAGAGCCCACCGGCUGUAGUUAGAAGCUGUGUGGUCCAUCUCUUCCCCUGAAUUGUGUCCGUUCUUUCUGUGGGUCAGGACGGACCCUCAGAAAUCAGUGCGCCUCACUCCUUGCAGCCCUCUCUGCCCCCGGGCUGUCUUCCUCACGGCUCCUGUAGAAGUCGUGUUCUUCAGGAGCUACUUUGCUGUUUGUCGUGAUAAUACCCCAAGUGUCGUCGGAUAAAACGGUGCUUUUUCAAAGAAUACCCUGAGAGGAAUGCAGACAUGUCCUUGUUAACUGAGAUGUGGUGUUUUCUCCUCAUGGACAGGAAGUCGUGCGAUUUGUUUGAAUCUCACUUUGUUGUCAACAGCAACAUUGUCUCUGGAAACUCGUACAUCUGCAUAUUUGGGAGCCUGAUUUUUCCUGGUGCUCAUUUUUAAAAAGAUUUUUAUGCUUAAUUAUUAUUAUUUACACUUUAUUAUUACACUAAGCAUUUAUUUUGUUAUAAGCCAUCUUAAAUCCUUAACUGAAGUACAGUAGGUAUAGAUGCAUGUCUUUCACAUUAUUGCCUUGUUUUUAUAUAUAUUAUAAUUAUGCUCUUACAUAUGAAUUAUGCUCUUACAUAUAAUUAUGCUCUUCAUACAUAUUGGCUCUCUGUAAUCUUUGUUACACUAUUUCACUUAGUUUUAUGAUAUUCCAUUUUAAUUGUAGUUGUGUUGGCCUUCAGUCUAUAAAGUUGUCUUCUGUAAUCCUACCUAUCCUUUUUUCAUUUGCAUCGAUGACCCAACUGUUAAGAAAAUCAUCACUGUGUUAUAGUUGGCGAUAACCUGGUUUCUGUUUGCUAGUUUGUUUUAAUUUGAGAGACAGAAAGAGACAGAGCUGGCAUCUGCUCGCUCGCUGCCUGCAGUGGCGGGGGCUGGACCGACGCCCAAGGCAGGAACCCGGAGCUCAGUGCAGGUCCCAUGGGGGUGUCGGGGACCUGACCACUUGGUGCACGUGAGCAGGGAGCUGGAGCCGGGCUCAGAUCCAGGCCCUCUGGUCUGGGAUGGGGACAUGGUGCCCACCAGCCCAGACACUGUCCCCGGGGACAUGGUGCCCACCAGCCCAGACACUGUCCCCGGGGACAUGGUGCCCACCAGCCCAGACACUGUCCCCGGGGACAUGGUGCCCACCAGCCCAGACACUGUCCCCGGGGACAUGGUGCCCACCAGCCCAGACACUGUCCCCGGGGACAUGGUGCCCACCAGCCCAGACACUGUCCCCGGGGACAUGGUGCCCACCAGCCCAGGCACUGUCCCUGGGGACAUGGUGCCCACCAGCCCAGGCACUGUCCCCGGGGACAUGGUGCCCACCAGCCCAGGCACUGUCCCCAGGGACAUGGUGCCCACCAGCCCAGACACUGUCCCCAGAGGUGAGCUCUCUCCAGCAUUUUCUAAGCUGGAUUCCUGAUUUGCCUCCAGCUUGUCUCUCCUGCUGUCUCCUUAGCUUUUGAUGCCAGCACUGGCCGGGGCUUCGGCAGGUGACUCUGCUGUCCUGUGCCCGGCUUUUCCCUGUCGCCUGUGCAGCGCUGCUAACGCAGAGUGGGAGCUGUUCCCCUCGCAGAAGCUCUCGGAUCCACACCUUCCUUUCCGCCGUCUGCACGCGGCCUUGGUUUGCAGCCUCUCACCUGUUGCGUGUCUUUUGCAGGUGCCUAACUCCAGUUUCAGUUGUCUGUGGGAGGUAACCCCGUCGAUGGUGGAGGCCCCAUUUUUACAACCUUUAGUGCUGCAGGCUUUUGUGGGGCUCACUGAUCCCACUGCCCUCUCCUGCCCUUCACCCGGCUGCCUGCCGGAUCUUCUGAAAACCAACCUGAUCCUGGCCGCUCUUGGUCUCUGCUGGGAGCCCACCCCUCUCCAUCGUGUGGAGCUGAAGAGCCGCAUGCCCCCGGGACCAGAAAGAUGACUUAAAUGGCUGCAGUGGACUGGGUGCGAGGAGGCGGGGAGGGAGAGAUGCUGUGGGCAAUGCAGCAUGUCGAGGGUUCUGACGUGGGGUAGGGACGCAGUUGGUCACGGGUCUGGUUUUUCAGAAGACGUGAGGGGUCUGGAUUUUUAAGAGGAAUUUUCUGUUUUUUAGAAUAGUGACUUGUGAUUGACUUUCUACAGCGCACACCAGCGCCAUGUGUCUUCACACACGCAAUUUCUGGGGUGUGCGUUUUGUAUUUAUCUCUCUCUGUAAAAGUACCCCCUUUCUAGGUGCCAUUCCUCCUCCUCCCUCUGCCGGCCUUGGAGCCUGGCGAGAUUCGUCUCCAGCACACAGGUCACCGUCUGGCCCCGAGCGCGGCGGCUGCCGGCACUGGGCACUGGCCGCUGGCCGCUGGCUGCUGUGUUCUCUGUUCCCCUCUGCUGGUGGUAGUGAAAGCGUGUGAAUCAGUGUGCAUUGAGUUCCAUUUUCCCCUCUUCUUGCCUCUUUUUUCACGUUCAGAACUCUCAGUGCCCAUGCAGUGGGCCACAGAAGGGAAACAUCUCUCAGCGCUUCGGGCUGCGCUGGCCACGUCCAGAACCAGCUUCUCCGGCCUGGGUUCCAGCUGCUCGCUGUCCCGUCGAGGAACCCGCCCUCUCUCCGUGAUGCCGGGGUUCUCGGGUCUUCCCUUGUAAUUCGUUCCCGUUUUCCUCUGGGCCUUAGAAGCCCUGACUAUGAACUGACUUAAUUCUUUCCCAAGGUCUCACUUGCGUGUUACUGGAAUGGGAUCUCUGUACAGUGCUGUGAAUUUUUACGGUGUUUAUCUUCUGGUGAGCUGUCUUUGUUCUGAUAGCCUUAGGUGGCCUAUUUGUUGUUUCUAAAUCUAAAAUCAUAGCUGCAAAGAUGUUUUUAUUAUGUAUUUCUAUUUCACUUUGUGUUAAAUACAAACAAAAUGUGACAAAUAUUUUUGAUAUUUCUUAAUUAGAUAUGCAGUUAAUUGUUAGUUUUAAACAUAUGCUCUCUUUUAGGAUAAGAGAACAUUGUAUUCUUGUUGGAAGCUAAAAGCUAGAUGGAAAAGAAUGGGUAUCUUGUCAUAUUUUUAUCACCUAAGCCACCUAUUACAUCAGUGUUUUUCAUAAUAUUAAAAUAUCUUUAAAUUCUUGAGAUAAACUUUAAUAACAAUAUAUAUUCUUUUAGUGUAUUUUUCCCUAUUUGCCAUAUAUCUGUAUAUUCAUAAAUAAAAUUCAUUUAUAUUA